AUGCAUAUCACCAUUAGAACUCAGGAGCGGCAUACUUACCAAAUUGAAGUGACACCAUCUAUGACUUUCCUUGAAGUUAAGCAGAAGAUGGAGCAGAUUUCUGGUGCUGGGGUGGCUCGUCAAUCCCUUUGGCUUUAUGGAUCUGAAGUACGAGAUGAUAGAGAUAUGGAAUUCUAUGAUAUUGAAGAUGGGGCAACCAUCAUUCUCAACUAUGAACGUGUAUCUCUGGGCUACACAUUCCCCAUUGUAGCUAAGACACCAACAGAAGAGCUUAGCGUAGAAGUGGAAGAAGCAUUGACUGUUGCCAAAUUAAAGGAGAGAAUUCAGGCCAUUGCAAAAAUUCCAGUUGAGAAAAUGGCACUCUUUCAUUUCUCCAGGGAAAUGGAGGAUGCUCUUUUCCUCUCUGCAUAUUUUGUUACUGAGGAUUCAAAAAUCGAAAUCAAACUCCUACCCUAA